AUGUAUCCCGUACAACAUGUCCAUCGAGAUGAGUAUUUGAAAGGAAACAGCAAACGAGAUGCGAUGCCGAUGCGAAAGCACGUAUUUGCGUUCAGACUUGUGCUGAUAUUGAUAUUGAUGCUGUUCGUGGAUGGACAAGCAGCAACUCCAAUAAAAAGUCGUUGUCUACAGUUUGGCACAACAUCCACCACCAACACGCAGCAGCAGAAUGGUCAGGAUUUUGUUGACGAUUACGAUAGCUACGACGAUCAGCCAGAGCCUUCGGAUGAGCCCGUGUUUGACAAAAAUAUCUCAACAGUCGUCACAUGCUCCCGGACAGCACCAUUUUGCUACACACUUUGGACGUUCGAUACGGUGAAGAAUGCGAGCCGAGUGGUUGUGCAAGGAUGCUGGGGUUCGACGGAUGAUCAGGAAUCGUGCAGCAAUGCCGAAUGUGUCAGCACGACCGAAACACCCACGAAACAUUUUUUCUGCUGCUGCAGUGGCGAUAAUUGCAAUGGAAACUUCAGCUACCUUCCACCACCAACAACGGCCGAUGGAUUAAGCAUGCGGGAGGAGAAUGAAAACAUUACCCCAUUUGCACCGUACACAUCGCUCUGGAGUUCACCGACGGUGUACAUCUGCUUUGCGCUGGUGUUUAUCAUUAUGCUUGGUAUCGUUGGCUUUAUCAGCUGCCGACAGCUGCCAAAAAAGGGUGUCGCUGAGUUGUUGGAGCAUAUGGAACCGUCUGGGCCGGGAUAUAGCUCGAAUCUCUAUAAUGUCGAUAAUCUGAAGCUGGUAUCGAUGAUUGGACAGGGCAAAUACGGAACUGUUUGGAAAGGCAUCGUUAACGAGCAGCCGGUAGCGGUGAAGAUCUUUGCCGCUCAACAUCGGCAGUACUUUCUCAAUGAGCGUGACAUUUACACGGUGCCACUGAUGGAAUCUCCGUCACUUUUAACGUACUUUGGAUCCGACGAACGACGAACGCUGGAUGAUCGCAUCGAAUAUCUUCUCGUACUGUCCUUGGCUCCUCUCGGUUGCUUGCAGGACUGGCUCACGGAUAAUCGCGUGCCCUUCAGCACAUUCUGUCGCAUGGGUAAAUCCAUCGCGAACGGACUGGCACAUCUGCACACCGAAAUCCGCAAAGGUGAUCUAGUCAAACCGUGCAUCUGCCAUCGCGAUCUAAACUCUCGCAACAUUCUCGUCAAAUCGGACCUUUCCUGCUGUAUCGGUGAUCUUGGUUUUGCACUGAAAACAUUCGGCGCACGUUACGAGUAUCGUGGUGAAAUUACACUUGCCGAAACGAAGAGCAUCAACGAAGUCGGCACGGUACGCUACAUGGCACCGGAAGUGCUUGAGGGUGCCGUAAACCUGCGUGACUGCGAAUCUGCCCUCAAACAGAUCGAUGUGUACACGUUGGCGCUCGUACUGUGGGAACUGGCCAAUCGGUGUGAAGAUUUCUACCCCGAAGGCACGCCCGUGCCGGAGUAUCGUGCACCGUACGAAGAGUACGUUGGCUCUAAUCCCAGCUUUGAGCAGAUGCAAGUACUCGUCUCACGCAACAAAGCAAGACCCUCGUUUCCAGCACAUUUUGGCGCAAAUAUCGUAACACAGAUUGUGCGCGAUACUUGUGAGGAUUGUUGGGAUCAUGAUGCAGAAGCACGGCUAACGGCCAUGUGUGUGCAGGAACGCUUGCAAGAGAUCGCACAGAUAAACCCGCGUGCACGGAGCAUGCCGGUGAAAGCUUGCAGUCAUGAUGAUGGGACAGCGCUGGAAAAGACCCAACUGUAUCAGUUGGAAAACGAUGGUCAAACGAUGGUUGCGAUGAUGGGCCAGCAUCAUCAGCAACGGUACAGUCCGGAUGGGACGAUCGCUUUCAUGACACCUCCAAACCAACAGAUCAUUCCACAGGUGCCCCCGGCGGGCUAUAGAGACGAUACGACGGGAUCGUACAAAUACGGAAAACUCUCGGCAGGUAACAGCUCAACAACAAAUAGCGGUGCGCCGUCAUCCUCCCAGUCGGAUGAGGACGAACAGCAGCAUACGGGGCGCAAAGGAAAUGCACCAUUAAUUCAGAAGGAAGUAUCCUUCAGCGGCAGUACCGGAAAGGGUCUUCUUGGUGGCAGUGUGAAGGUAAUGCUGCAGAAAACAUUCCACAAGAGCCACGGACAUAACGGCUCCUCUCUUGGGUACGACGGUGGGCAGGAGGAUGAUAGUGACGAUCGUUCCAAUCUGGUGGUGGUGGUCGAAUCUAGCGUUCCUUACCGAAAUGGACCACUUUCACAAGAGGAAAUUCGAAUGAACCAUCACAACAACCAGCAGCAACAGAAUGUACCGUGUGGAACUGCUGAACGGCCAACAAAUCUCGAUCUCGGUACCGGUAAGUACGAAAGUAACUUACUACUUCACGAACCACAUUCCGUGGGCAAUGUCCCUUCCGCCGAUGGCACCGUAAAUCAACGGGGAAGAGUCGAGCGUUACGCUAAAGCACUCGCUGACGCUGACUUCACCCGACAGUCGUUUGCCAUACUGGAUGAGGUGGAUGGAACGUUGGAUAGUAGCACCACAGUAGUGCCAGCCGAUCCCGACGCAGCACACCAGAAGUUGCGCAUCGUCAUCUCCAAAUCGGCUAAUGCCAUGCAUCCGCACAAAGGGACACACGCACGGCAAGCAUCGGAAAGUUCCGCACCACCGUUUAUGGACGAUCGAUCACUCAAAAGGCAGCGUUCGUUGGAAGUUUUUCAGGAAGUGUUCGGACCGAAGGGCAGCAUCGAACGGCUGCGAAAUCCUAGUCAACGGGUCAAAACGCCCGGGGAUGUGCCACCGUCGGUACGGAAGGUGCGUGCAUCCAAAACACUCUCACUGUACGACGAUCGUAUGAUGUACGACGAUCGUAUGAUGACGGCUACGGUGGGAACCGGGAGCGGAAAUCGACUUGCAAACUCGGUAUAG